AGUGCUGUCUGCCAUACUGAAAUCUAUCGAACACGGAAUGUGUUAAACGAAAUUUGUUUAGCAUAAUUAUAAUAUUUUUGAGAAUAUAACCUUUGUCUAUCCUUACGUAAUCCAAAUAAUAAUUACAAUGAACCCAUUACAAUAAAAAAGGUUCGAUAAAAGUUGAUAAACAAUGAAUAUAAUAAAUAAAUACCUGAAACUAAAUAAAUAUUUUCGUUCACUCACCGUGUGCAAAAGACUGGUUUCCAGCUUGAUAUCCUGUACAACAUUAUCGUAGUAUCUAGCGCGGGUAACCAAUGGCGAGCGUUUGGUUUCGUCUGCAAAAAUCAUAGUUUAACACACGCGGCAAAAUAUUCAAACAUCGCUCAACAAAUUUCAACAGACAAACAUGGCAGAUAGCAUGAUUUACUUUCUGGUACAAUGGGAGGAUUGCUAUAUGAGUGUAAUUUCACCCGAUAGCGUUCUUUUGCCGAAGAAAAACUCAAAAUGGGACUACGAAGAGGGCGAUCUAAUUGAGGCUGUUUACAACAGAGGGAAGUCGUACCAGGCAGUGAUUAGCGAGAUCCAUCCAAACAGGAAAUACCUGCUACAGCAAGCAAAGCUCCCUCCUAAACAUUGUUAUGAAAUAGCAAAAAGAAUGAUCAGUAUGGGUUUUGGAAUGUCUGUGUCUGAAUCUGAAAAGACUUCAAACAACACCCUAGUGUCUGGAAAGAAAGGAGGCAAGAGUGAUGGGAUCGCUGUUGCAGUUGAUUUGAUAGACAAACCUGCUGACGUGCCAAAUCAACCAGAACCAGACAAUACUGCAGUGUCUGGAAUGAUUGGAGGACAGGCUGAUGGGGUCACUGCCAAGGUGGAUUUGACAGGCAAAACAGCUGAUAUGGAUGUGACCAAUCCGCCCGAGUCAGGUUUGUCAAAGUUCUCAGCAGAGGUCAUUGUGGCAAACAAAAGAACCUCAGGAAGUGAAAGUCCAGAUGUGAUCAAGGAAGAAAUACGGGCACUGAGGAGGAAGAUAAGGAAGCUUGAAGAUAGGGUUGUGGCAAUCGAGUCAGGUGGUUCCAGUCAGCAGGAUAAUCUUUUAAAAUUGGUUUCCCACCUGGAUGCUAAUGAUGUCCAGCAAGUUUUAUCAACACUAUGUAAAGCUAUAUUCUCAAAUGUGGAGUUGAUGAACUGCAGCAGAACAGGGAAGAGAACCAAUAAAUGUUCUGAGAGAGGGCCACGCCCACCUUUGGACAUUGUUAAGCUUGAAAAGCUGGAGCAUUUAGUGCGUGAAAAAACUAACAUAAGCAAAGAUUGCUUCAUUAAAAAGUUCGAAAAUAUGCAGAAAACACUGCGCCAAAAAAAGAAGCAAUAAUAUGUCAUUGCUGAUAUAUGAAUUAAAAGAGCAAUAGUCACAUUCACAUAUUUUAUUGUUUAUAUGGAGGCCUUGUCUGUGUCUCAGAAAGUCUAUUUUUGGCCAUAAUUUACAAGUUAGACCUUGCAAACAUGUGCAAAAUCAGCUGCCUCUUGUGAGCGCUCAUUUGGGGUGCUUUUUUGCAGAAUUUUUAUCACUGUCCUGAGUCUUCUUUGAGGUCGCUGCAAAAUCUAAGGCAAAUAUGAAUAUUAGGCAAUUUUUACUUCUUGAAAUAUUCUUAAAAUGCAAAUAAUUUUGUGCAUGAAAUUUCAAGCAUUUAUCUUCAUGCACUAUUCACGAAUAAAAUAUUCAUGAACAGAAAAUGAGACAUUAAAAUAAUGAACAAAAAAAUUCAUGAACUCUUCAUGAAGUUCAUUUUCAAGAAUUUUCGUCAUAUGUUCUUGAACUCUUCAUGAACAAGAGUUGUUACUCAUUUCAUGAAUAAAUCCAUGAUAAAAACUACUUCAUGAAUACUUCAUGAAUUUGGCCUGUUUUGAACUCUAUGAACUCUUCAUGAACUUUUCAUGAAUGUGGACUGUGCAUGAAACCAUGAAUAAUUCAUGCAUAUGUCUCUUCAUGAAUACUUCAUGAACUGUCGUUUCAUGAGUUUUUUAUGAAUAAGUCUCAUUUUCUGUUCACUUCUUUCACUUGAAGUCUUCAUGAAGUAACUUCAUGAAUUGUU